AUGCAGCCUGAGAUCAACAUCAAGACGGGACAAGGCGACAAGGAGGCUCUCCGUCUCCCCCGUGCAGUUCAAGCCGUCUAUCUCCGACCCCUGCGAAGGACGCCCACCUACGGCGUGCCAUCCUGCGACUUGCAACUCCGAUCCUACAGUGUCCCGAACCUCGAGUUCUUCUGCGACUUUGCCCUCCGGGCUGCCUACUACCUGGGUCUCCCAGCCUUCGGCCCCGUGCCGCUGCCCAAGAUUACCGAGCGCUGGACAGUGCCCAAGUCGCAUUUCAUUUUCAAAAAGAGUCAGGAGAACUUUGAGCGUGUGACAAGACGGAGACUUCUUCAGAUCCGCGACGGACACCCUGACACUGUGCAAAUCUGGCUGGCUUUCCUUCAAAAGCACGCAUACUACGGUAUCGGUAUGAAGGCGAACGUCUGGGAGUACAACAAGCUGGAUGUGGGCAAGGAAUUGGACGCCGAUGCUAAGUCCAUGGAGGAGCUUGUCGAGAAGAAGAUGGCGGCGCACCUUGGACGGGACAAGAUUGAGGGUACAGUGCAAAAGGUUCAAGAAUUGCUGGAGAGUGAGAGGUUCAGACAACGGUACAACUAA